AUGGCUAGAACAAGGUCCAAUGUGGCAGCUGCCGAAGCAGCUGCUUCUUCCUCCCAUAAAUCUCAUGGUACUGAAUCUCUAUUAAAUGUUGAUCCUAAUGUUGAUUUCAUAUUUGAAAAAGGGGUCAAUCGUCCUUAUUUAUUAACUACUUCAAGUCCUGAAUUAAUCAAGAAAAGACUGAAUUUUGGUACUCAAGAAUAUAUCAUAUUAGCUGUAUUGGUUAUAAUCUCAUUCUAUGUUAGAUUAUAUGGUUUAACUUAUCCUGAUUCAGUUGUAUUCGAUGAAGUUCAUUUCGGUGGGUUCGCUAGAAAAUAUAUCUUAGGAACUUAUUUCCUUGAUGUUCAUCCUCCUUUAGCAAAAAUGUUAUUUGCAGCUGUUGCUUCAAUUGGUGGUUUCAAAGGAGAUUUUGAAUUUAAAAAAAUUGGGGAUAAAUUCCCUUCAACUACUCCUUAUCUUAUGAUGAGACAAUUCCCUGCUUUAUUAGGAGUUGGAACUAUCGUAUUAUGUUAUUUGACUUUAAGACAUUCUGGUGUUAGACCAAUUAUUUCCGCUGCUACUGCAUUCUUAUUGAUCAUUGAAAAUUCAAAUGUUACAAUCUCAAGACAUAUUCUUUUAGAUUCUCCAUUAAUCUUUUUUAUUGCUGCCACUGUUUAUGCUUGGAAGAAAUUUGAAAUUCAAAUUCCUUUCACUUUAGAUUGGUAUAAGAGUUUAUUAGCUACUUCAAUUGCUUUAGGGUUAGCUUUAAGUUCAAAAUGGGUCGGUUUAUUCACUGUAGCUUGGGUUGGUGCUUUAUCAGCUUAUCAUUUAUGGUUUUUAAUUGGGGAUUUAACUGUCCCAGUUAAAAAAGUUUGGGCUCAUGCUAUUGCAAGAGCAACUUUCUUAUUAGGAGUUCCAUUUAUUUUAUAUCUUUUCUUUUUUGCUAUUCAUUUCCAAUUAUUAGUUAAUAAUUCAGAUGGUUCAGCUUCAAUGUCAAGUGCUUUUAGAGCAGGUUUAAAUGGUAAUACUAUUCCAAAAAAUAUCGAAGCCAAUGUUGGUUUAGGUUCAACUAUUACUUUACGUCAUGUUGGAACUCAAGGUGGUUAUUUACAUUCUCAUGAACAUUAUUAUCCAACUGGUUCAAAACAACAACAAAUUACUUUAUAUCCUCAUUUAGAUUCUAAUAAUGCUUGGUUUAUUGAACCUUAUCAAAAUACAACUAUUUAUAAUCAAACCUUUGUUCCAUUAAAAGAUGGUACAAAAGUUAGAUUAAGACAUGUUAAUACUGGUAGAAGAUUACAUUCUCAUGAUGAAAAACCACCUGUCAGUGAAAGAGAUUGGCAAAAGGAAGCAUCAUGUUAUGGAUUCACUGGAUUCAAUGGUGAUGCCAAUGAUGAUUGGAUUAUUGAAAUCGUUCCUCAUAAGACUCCUGAAGGUGAAGCUCGUGAAACGGUUAAAGCUUUAACUUCAAUCAUUAGAUUAAAACAUGCUAUGUCGGGUCAUUAUUUAUUCUCAAGUGAAGUUAAAUUACCUGAAUGGGGUUUCAAACAACAAGAAGUUACUGCUGCCAAUUCAGGUAAAAGAUAUUUAACUCAUUGGUAUAUUGAAACUAAUACUAAUCCUUAUGUUAAACCUGAACAAAGUGAAAUUGUUAGUUAUAAACCAUUAUCAUUAUGGGAAAAAUUCGUUGAAAUUCAUGCUAGAAUGUGGAAAACUAAUCAAGGUUUAACUGCUCAUCAUGUUUAUCAAUCUGAUCCAAGUUCUUGGCCUAUUUUAAAUAGAGGUAUUAACUAUUGGUCUAGAGAAAAUAAACAAGUUUAUUUCAUUGGUAAUGCUGUUACUUGGUGGAGUGUUUCUGGUGCCAUUGUUACUUUUGCUAUCUAUGCUGGUAUUCAAAUUUUAAAAUGGCAUUUCGGUCAAGAAAUUGCUACUGAUAAAAACGUUUUCAAUUUCAAUCAACAAGCUUUUACUUAUAUUGUAGGUUGGGCUUUACAUUAUUUACCAUUCUUUAUCAUGGGUAGACAAUUAUUCUUACAUCAUUAUUUACCAGCUUUAUAUUUCGGUAUUUUAGUAUUAGGACAUUUCUUUGAAGUUUUAGUCGGUUAUAUUACUGCUAAAUCAAAUACUUUACAAAAAGUGGGUUAUGCUACUGUGGUUGGAUUUGUGGUUGCAAGUAGUUUAUUCUAUCUUAAUUAUUCAGCUUUAAUCUAUGGUACUCCAUGGACUAGAGAUCAAUGUUUAAAUUCAAAAUGGUUAAGUACUUGGGAUUUUGAUUGUCGUAAUUAUCAUGAAAGUAUUUCUGAAUAUUAUACUUCUCCAUCAGUUGAUCAAGCUGUUGAAACUACUCCAGCUCCAUUUGCUGAUGAAAUGGAAAAAGUUAGAGAAACUCCUAAAAUAAUUCAUCAAAAUUUAGCUGUUCAAGAUAAACAUCAAUCAGAAGAUAAAGAUCCAAAACCUGAACCUGUGGUUGUAAAUGAUGAUGAUAAACCAGUUAAUCCACCUCCUUUAGCUGUUGAAGAAAUUGUCACUCCAAAAGUUGAAAAGGCUCAAGAACCAAGCGAAGAAGAAGAAACUCCUGGUGCUGAAGAAAUCGUGGAAGAAGUUCCAGCUGAAGUCCAACACGCUGAACCAGUCGUUGAAGAACCAGCUGUCGAAGAACCAGUCGUCGAAGCUGAACCAGUCGUCGAAGCUGAACCAGUCGUCGAAGCUGAACCAGUCGUCGAAGAACCAAUCGUUGAAGAACCAGUUGUCGAAGAACCAAUCGUUGAAGAACCAGUUGUCGAAGAACCAGUUGUUGAAGCUGAACCAGUAGUUGAAGAACCAGUUGCUGAACAAGAAGCUUAA